AUGUCCUACGGCUUCCUUGUCAUUGCUAUAAUCUACAAAACCAAACUGCUUCGCACAGAAGAAAAAGAUGGUAAUGAUAUCUAUGUGAUGGACAUUUUAGAAAUUAUUAAAAGAGGCACUGACCGAAAUCCACAAGCAAAGCCCCGCCAGUAUGUCAGUCAAAGGAAAUGCCAGGAGGCUCUGAAUCUGAAGGUGAACAAUGAUUAUCUGAUCUGGGGUCUCAGCAGAAAAAUGAAUAUAAUUUCCUACCUGAUUACAAAGAACACCUGGAUCGAGAGGUGGCCAAAUGAAGACGAAUGUCAGGAUGAAGAAUUCCAGAAUUUGUGCAAUGACUUUACUCAGUUGUCCAACACACUGACUAUUUUUGGCUUCCCUAAUUAAGGUA